AUGAGCAAGGCAUUCCAAAAGAUCCACGCCAGCUCGGCGGGCAAAUUCCCCAAAGACGGCGACAAAAUCCCGCAAUGGAUCCGCGCCAACGGAGGCGAAUACCAUUCGACCAUCACCCCGCAAGUAACUCAUCUCAUCACGACCCUCGAGGCAUAUAAGAAAAACAUCGCGUCAGUCCGCGAGGCCAAGGCGCUGAAAAACAUCAAGAUCGUCACCUUCGACUGGCUGGAAGAUUCCUUGCUCGCCAGGGACAAGAAGCCAAAACGGGUGAAUGAAUACCUCCUGGAAACGAUUGUAAAGGAUGAGGAGAAACGGAAGAAGAAACCAGCUCGAGAGGCGUCUCGGACCACAAAGUCGGUGGACGCUGCAGCGGCCACAACGCGGAAGGCUGGUGCCGCGAAGAAACCCGCAGGAAGGAUCAAGAAUCCAGACCCUUUCGGAAAGGCGACUGCAAAAUUCAAGGCUGGAACCGCUGCGGCUAAGUAUUGCAUUUACGUGGGCGAAACAACAGGGAUUAAGUAUGAUAUCCCUCUGGUGCGGUUAAUGGCCUGUAGAAGGUCGAGAGAGAAGAUCCGCCUCAAGGUAUACGAAUCCAAGGCAGAGCCACACGUUUACGCUACGCGCAUGGAAUACAGUCGCACCGGAGCAGCUUGUGCCCAGAUGUUGACACCUCUGGGAACUAGUUUGAAGAUAGCUAUGGAUGCAUUCGAGGCAAAGUUCAUGAGUAAGACCGGAGUAGCCUGGGCUGAUCGGUCGAAUGGGGUUGCGCCUCCUCCGAAGAUGGACAAGGAAGGCAAUCCGCUGCCUGCGGAUAAGGGGUGGUAUUUCUUUGAAGACGGCCAGAGCAUAUUAUCCCAGUACCUUCAUUCUCAUACUGCUGUCGAAGACCAGGGGCAUGAAGUCGAAACAACAGGUGGGGCCAGCUUGGUUUGA